AUGGGAAACAGGUGCGAUGGGAACAGGUGCCGAUGGGAACAGGUGCGAUGGGAACAGGUGCGAUGGGAACAGGUGCGAUGGGAACAGGUGGCGAUGGGAACAGGUGCGAUGGGAACAGGUGCGAUGGGAACAGGUGCGAUGGGAACAGGUGCGAUGGGAACAGGUGCGAUGGGAACAGGUGCGAUGGGAACAGGUGCGAUGGGAACAGGUGCGAUGGGAAAGGUGCGAUGGGAACAGGUGCGAUGGGAACAGGUGCGAUGGGAACAGGUGCGAUGGGAACAGGUGCGAUGGGAACAGGUGCGAUGGGAACAGGUGCGAUGGGAACAGGUGCGAUGGGAACAGGUGCGAUGGGAACAGGUGCGAUGGGAACAGGUGCGAUGGGAACAGGUGCGAUGGGAACAGGUGCGAUGGGAACAGGUGCGAUGGGAACAGGUGCGAUGGGAACAGGUGCGAUGGGAACAGGUGCGAUGGGAACAGGUGCGAUGGGAACAGGUGCGAUGGGAACAGGUGCGAUGGGAACAGGUGCGAUGGGAACAGGUGCGAUGGGAACAGGUGCGAUGGGAACAGGUGCGAUGGGAACAGGUGCGAUGGGAACAGGUGCGAUGGGAACAGGUGCGAUGGGAACAGGUGCGAUGGGAACAGGUGCGAUGGGAACAGGUGCGAUGGGAACAGGUGCGAUGGGAACAGGUGCGAUGGGAACAGGUGCGAUGGGAACAGGUGCGAUGGGAACAGGUGCGAUGGGAACAGGUGCGAUGGGAACAGGUGCGAUGGGAACAGGUGCGAUGGGAACAGGUGCGAUGGGAACAGGUGCGAUGGGAACAGGUGCGAUGGGAACAGGUGCGAUGGGAACAGGUGCGAUGGGAACAGGUGCGAUGGGAACAGGUGCGAUGGGAACAGGUGCGAUGGGAACAGGUGCGAUGGGAACAGGUGCGAUGGGAACAGGUGCGAUGGGAACAGGUGCGAUGGGAACAGGUGCGAUGGGAACAGGUGCGAUGGGAACAGGUGCGAUGGGAACAGGUGCGAUGGGAACAGGUGCGAUGGGAACAGGUGCGAUGGGAACAGGUGCGAUGGGAACAGGUGCGAUGGGAACAGGUGCGAUGGGAACAGGUGCGAUGGGAACAGGUGCGAUGGGAACAGGUGCGAUGGGAACAGGUGCGAUGGGAACAGGUGCGAUGGGAACAGGUGCGAUGGGAACAGGUGCGAUGGGAACAGGUGCGAUGGGAACAGGUGCGAUGGGAACAGGUGCGAUGGGAACAGGUGCGAUGGGAACAGGUGCGAUGGGAACAGGUGCGAUGGGAACAGGUGCGAUGGGAACAGGUGCGAUGGGAACAGGUGCGAUGGGAACAGGUGCGAUGGGAACAGGUGCGAUGGGAACAGGUGCGAUGGGAACAGUGCGAUGGGAAACAGGUGCGAUGGGAACAGGUGCGAUGGGAACAGGUGCGAUGGGAACAGGUGCGAUGGGAAACAGUGCGAUGGGAACAGGUGCGAUGGGAACAGGUGACGAUGGGAACAGGUGCGAUGGGAACAGGUGCGAUGGGAACAGUGCGAUGGGAACAGGUGCGAUGGGAACAGGUGCGAUGGGAACAGGUGCGAUGGAACAGGUGCGAUGGGAACAGGUGCGAUGGGAACAGGUGCGAUGGGAACAGGUGCGAUGGAACAGUGCGAUGGGAACAGGUGCGAUGGGAACAGGUGCGAUGGGAACAGGUGCGAUGGGAACAGGUGCGUGGGAACAGGUGCGAUGGGAACAGGUGCGAUGGGAACAGGUGUGAUGGGAACAGGUGUGAUGGGAACAGCUGGCGCACCUCGGAGAGCGGCACGAGGCGGUGGGGGCACUGGUCGAGGAAGCAGCGCCACGACCCCGCGGCGUCGCGCCAGAGCACGAGCGGGCGGCCCACAAUGGUGAUGGCGUGCGGGCGAGUCGCGUCCAUGUCAGCCGUCACGCCCACGGCGUACCACGCGCGACUCCACUCCACCGUCCCGCCCUCCUCCGCCCUCCCCUCCGCCGCUGACGCCGCUCUCAGCUGCGCCUCUGCGUCGCCCGUUACAGUCACAUCGUCCCUGCUUUCGCUGGACGCCGACUCCGCCGCGGGCGCCGCCCUGGCGACGCGGGACGGCGGGCGAUGGGGGGCGGCGGGGCGGGACACGGGCGGGCGCAAGCCCAGCUCCGGCUCCGAACGGCUGACUCCUCGCACGCACACUGCUCUCUCGGCCUACUGCAGCUCUUUUCUGCGCGUCCCUGCAGCAGCCAGUGCUCGAAGCAGCGAGCGAGCCUGGAGAAGCGCGGAAGUUUGUGAGUCGUGA